UUGUUUGCAAAUAAAUCAUUAUGUUUGUGCAAAGAUCCGCUGGAAUAACUUUACAUAAGUUAUUUGAAGAAAACAGGUAAACCUCGAAAAUCGUUUACUUACGGUAUUCGUAAACUUAGUCACAAUCAACAACCGUCAGUCAAAAUCUGACAAAAAAUGUUGCGCACUGGGCGACCUCCCAAUGACAUUGGAGUGUUCAAAAUAUAAGGAAAAGUGAGACUGUCAUCAGUUAAAUAUCCCAGAAAAAACUAAAAAUACACUCAAAUAAAAACAUUAAAGGCGUGCUGUUUACCUUUUAGGGGUUAGAAAUGGCAUUAAGUUCAGUAGAUGUGGAAACUACAGCUUUCGAGGGGCAAAAGCCCGGCACAAGCGGUUUAAGGAAGAAAGUCAAAGUGUUUAUGGAAAAACAUUAUACUGAGAACUUUGUACAGUCUAUAAUUAAUGCUUUGGGAGACAAGGCUAAAGGCUCUACACUUAUUGUUGGUGGAGAUGGAAGAUACUUCUCUAAACAGGCCAUCAACAUUAUUAUCAGAAUCGCUUCCGCUAAUGGGGUUUCAAAGUUGCUCAUUGGUCAACUAGGAAUACUCUCAACACCUGCUGUUUCCAGCCUUAUAAGACACCAUAAAGUAUUAGGUGGUAUUGUCCUGACAGCUUCUCACAAUCCUGGUGGUAUCCGUAACGACUUCGGCAUCAAAUACAACAUCGAAAAUGGUGGCCCUGCUCCUGAUCAAGUCUCCGAUGCUAUUUAUGAACACACUAAGAAAAUAAAAUCGUACAAAUAUACGCCUAAACUAGAAACUGAUAGACUUAUUGAUAUAUUAGGAACUACCGCAGUCAAAGUGGACGGACGUGAUUUUAUCGUUGAAGUUAUCGAUUCCACGGCAAACUAUGUAGCAUUGAUGAAGGACAUCUUCGACUUCAAAAAGUUGAGAACUUUGAUUCGUGGAACUGAGCAGCGUCCCCCCUUCAAUGUACUUAUCGAUUCCAUGAACGGAGUGACUGGCGUUUAUGUACGACGUAUUUUUGUUGAGGAACUCGGUGCAAGUCCUGACAAUAAUGUAUGCCGAAUCGUUCCAUUGGACAACUUCGGCGAAAUCCAUCCCGAUCCUAACCUCACUUACGCUAAAGACCUCGUGGACAAAGUCAAAGCCAACUCCAGCUAUGAUUUGGGAGCUGCUUUUGAUGGAGAUGGAGAUCGUAACAUGAUCAUUGGUAAAAACGCAUUUUUCGUGACUCCAAGUGACAGUUUAGCUGUUUUGGCCAACAACUUGGAAUGCAUUCCAUAUUUCCAGAAACAUGGCGUACAAGGUUUCGCUAGGUCUAUGCCUACCGCCGCUGCGGUCGACAGGGUCGCUGAGAAAUUGGGUAAGGAAAUGUUUGAAGUUCCAACUGGUUGGAAGUACUUUGGCAAUUUAAUGGAUGCUGGAAGGAUAUCCCUUUGUGGAGAAGAAAGUUUUGGAACUGGUUCUGACCAUAUUCGUGAAAAGGAUGGCAUUUGGGCUGUUUUGGCUUGGUUAUCAGUGAUUGAACAGAAAAAUAUGAGCGUAGAAGAAAUCCUUAAAGAACACUGGAGUAUAUACGGAAGAAACUAUUUUACUAGGUACGAUUAUGAAGAAUGCGAAAGUGACGCAGCGAAUGACAUGAUGAAACAUUUAGAAAACUUAAUAGCAACAAAUGCCUUGGUUGGUAAAGCAUUUACAGCUGGCGGUAAAUCCUACAAAGUCAGCAAGGCCGACAACUUUUCUUAUGUAGAUCCUAUCGACAACAGCGUAACUAAAAAUCAAGGUAUCCGGAUACUUUUCGACGAUGGUUCAAGAUUAAUCUUCAGGUUGUCAGGUACAGGAAGCAGCGGCGCCACCAUAAGAGUAUACAUUGAUAGCUACGAAAAGAAGAACGUACUAUCAGAUGCACAAGAAAUGCUAAAACCCUUGGUGGACGUCGGUUUGGAAAUCUCCCAACUGAAGAAAUUCACGGGUCGUGACGCUCCAACCGUCAUUACAUAAUCAUGUUACUACUUAAGAGAAAAAGAAUAAUAAGUUUAGGUGAAAUUUUACAAAAAUAUUGUUUGUACUAGAUUUUAUUAGUUUUUUGUCACUUUUUUUCAAAUAUACAUUAUUAUAUUUUGUUACAAUUUUGAUGAAAUUAUAUUGAAAUGUUUUUAUUCGUUGUUAUUUUUUAUGUUGAGAGAUUUUUCAAAGUGUAUCAUUCCGGUGUAGCUUGAACAUUUUGCAUCUUGAUACUGCCAAUAUCUCGCUUAAAGAUAGUUUAUUACACUUGUUGAAGUUGGCAUCCAAUAAAACAUAUUUAAGUAA